GACCUUGUCCUGCACACUGCACCCCAAACAACAUGGCUUCUGAACACUCCCUCAAAGACGUCCCGGGCCUAGGAGGUUUCUCACGCUUCGAGCUCGAGCUAGAGUUUGUCCAGUGCCUUGCCAAUCCCGUCUAUCUCAACUAUCUUGCCCAGCAGAAGACGCUUGACAAGCCCGAAUUCGUCGCAUACCUCGGCUACCUACAGUACUUCAAGGAGCCAAAGUAUGCAAAAUUUCUCCAUCACCCGGGCCCCACGCUCCGUGCACUCGAGUUACUGCAGCAGGACCGCUUCCGACAGGACAUUCUAGCCCCCGGCCUCAUGGACCGCCUAGUCAUCGAAGGCCAGCGACAUGCAGUACCGGCAAAGAAAGACUGGCGGUAAACGCUCAUGGUCACAUCGGCCGAAGCCGUGAUGCGUGAUGCAAUGCGUGCCUGUCACUGCAAACCAUCGCCGACGCGCCGAAGCUGCAAUUCCCACCACCCCCAGCCAGCCACCGUCGCCCCGACAGCUGAACAACACCACCACCCAGACUGUUGGAGAGAGGAGAUUAAAUCGCAGCAUAGUUUGCGCCACACCGGCGCAUGUCAUGCCACGCGCGCCGCCACUGGCCUCUAGUUUAGAUGGUAAUCUAUCGUGGACCAUGGCAAGCAUCCCGCA